AUCUUCAUCGUCAAGAAAAAAAAAAAAAAAAGAAUUGAUCAUUUAUUAUUUUCAUUUUAUUUUCUUUCAAUUUGUUAUCCUUAACGUUGGAUAAGCAACAAUAAGCACCUUACAAGACGAGGAUAAGCGUACCAGGGUGGGACGAUUAGUAUGACGGUGAUGCUGCUGCAACGUUCGGUCACCCCGCAGUCGACGCACCGCCAAAAGACAGCGAAGGAGGACGACUGCAGUAUCAAACCGCCAUUUAUUUUUUUGUUGGACGAUCGUCAUCAACAGGAGCAUAGACGAUUUACUGAAUCCUCCAUCAUCACGACCACUAAUAAUAAUAAUAAUAAUAAUAAUAACAAUAAUAACAAUAAUAUCAUCAAUAAUUUCAACAACAAUAACAACAACAACUACGAAAACAGUUACACUCCUACGACCAAUAACAAUAAUAAUAUUAAUAAUAAUAACAAUAAUAAUAAUAAUAAUAAUAUUAAUAAUAAUUACGAAAGCGAGAAAAAAAGUACAACAAUAGUGAAGAGGAGCGUACGUAGGAGCAGCGGAAGCCGCGAAUACGCGCUCGAGGAGGCCCCGAUUUCGGUGACGUCUUCGCAAAGACGCACCGCCAUUGGCCAGGAGGUCGCAAUGCGAUAUUAUCGGAUUUGGAUUUACGCCUGUAACGGGGUAUUGUUCAUCAGCGCGGCAGCAUUUGCCGCGGUAGUAUCCAUGUCUAUAAUAUUUACCGGUGAUCCUAGAAGACACGUGAUACCUGGCGUACCAAGGGCCUUCGAUCCUACGGCACUUUAUGCUUAUCUAGCAUUGGGCACACAAUUGGGACUAGUACAAUUACUUGGUUGCGUUGCCGUUAAAAAAUUAAACGCUAAAUUGUUACACGUAUAUUGGGUAUUACUUUUGGUACUGUUAUUAGGUGACAUCGUUAUUGGUAUCGUUUGGGUCUUCCGUUCCAAAGAAAUGAACAACCAAUUGAAGCCCACCCUAAGCCUACGAUUACAGGCGGAGUAUGACAAAGGGACACGAUUCAGCGAACACUGGGAUCGUUUGCAAAAGCAAUUCACGUGUUGCGGUGUAUCAGGGCCGAAUGAUUUUCGAUCCUCUUUGCCAAAGACGUGUUGCGGUGGUAUCACUACUACAACUAUAAAUAUUACCGAUACCACUACCACCACAACUACCUGCCAACAACCAUAUUCAAGUGGAUGCGCGGAAUCUUUGUUCAGUUGGUUGAGAGAAACUUCCGAUCGUUUAUUCGUAUUCGGUUUUUGUGUAGUUGCAUUUACUAAGCUGUGUUUCCUCGGUAUAUUGCGUUAUGAAAUACGUGAGAUGAUACAGAAGAUUCGUAUGUUACGUGAACCACCCCCACCUGCUACGACGUUUGCUCAACCACCAUUUUCUCAAGUGAUGUCCGAACCAACGACGAACAAUGGCAGCAUCGUUAGACGAACUACUUUGCCUAACGCCGUUACUCCAUCUGGUAAUGCAUCGUUGUUAUUGCAAACCGAGGAAUGCAAUACAGGACGACAUCCUUUGUUAGCGAACAAUCUUCAAGAUGGCGGAGCAGACAGUGACACGAAUAGUCAUUGUGCAUUGAUAUUGGAAGAGACUACACCAACUUCAGCCAAUCACAAUUGCGGCGGUGGUACGCGGGAAAAGAGCAAUGGCAACAAUAAUUACGAAAUGAGAGAAUUCAAUAGAAGAUUAUUACUAUCAAACGGUGGUAGUCCUGGUACGCAAGGUGUUACGGCAGGUGGACAAAGCAGGCGUACCUGACUAUGGAAGUGGUGGCGUAACACCUGGAAUCAUCUUCUUUAUAGGAGCAAUCGGCCCGCCGAAGUACCAGUAUAUAAAUAAGCCUAC